CUACGGGCGAAUCCAAAGAUUUCCAAUUUACUCUUGUCUUGAAGAACCAAACAAUGAAUGUUUUACUGCUGGUCGCUGUAAUAACGGCAAUGAUAAUAAAACAUUCGGCAAAAGGAAGUGAAUUUCCAGGUCUCGAAGCAGAUAAAAUACGUAUAUACUUGGAGCGACUCAACAAGCCUGCUGUUAAAUCCAUCAAUAGUCCAGAUGGAGAUAUAAUAGACUGUGUCCUCAUGGCUGACCAACCGGCAUUCGAUCAUCCAUUGCUAAAAAACCACACCAUCCAGAUGAAGCCCAGUUUCCACCCAGAAGGUGUGAAUGAACCAAAGGCUAAAAUUCAGCUUUGGCAUAUGAACGGAAAGUGCUCCGAAAACACAAUUCCGAUCCGAAGAACAACAAAAGAGGAUCUCUUGCGAGCAAACUCCAUUGAAAAUUACGGGAUUAAGACUCAUAAAAACAUCCCCAAGCCUCAAUCCAGUAAUGGUUUUACAAACCAUGAGUACGCCAUAGCGCGUGACCCGAACGGAAAAUUCUUUGGAACCAAAGCCACAAUAAAUAUUUGGAAUCCCAAUGUUCAGACGCCCAACGAAUUCAGCUUGGCGCAGAUUUGGUUAGCGACAGGAGGCUAUCAAAAUUCUGAUCUUAAUAGCAUUGAAGCUGGAUGGCAGGUCUUCAAUCAAUUGUACGGUGACAAUAACGCCAGAUUCUUCAUUUACUGGACUCGCGAUGCAUACAGAUCAGGAUGCUACAACCUUCUCUGCUCCGGGUUUGUUCAAACAAACAAUGAAAUCGUUAUUGGCGGAUCCUUCGCUUCCCCGUCAAGCUACGAUGGUUCCCAAUAUUCAGUAACUAUACUUGUGUGGAAGGACCCUGGGACAGGAAACUGGUGGCUGCAAAUGGACGGCAAAAACGUCGGGUAUUGGCCGGUUUCGAUAUUCACAAAUCUAGCAGAUGGCGCGGAUAGAGUUGACUGGGGAGGUGAAAUCGUAAAUCUGGGCACCAACGGGCAACACACGACUACUCAAAUGGGAAGUGGGCACUUUGCAGAAGAAGGGUUUGGUAGGGCAGGAUAUUUCAAGAACAUUCAAGUAAUUGAUGGAUCCAACAAUCUUAGAGACCCAGACCCUCAAGGACUUGUACAAAUCGUUAGCAACCAAUAUUGUUACAAUCACAAGCUGGGGAGUGUAGGCUCAUCGUGGGGGACUUAUUUCUACUUUGGUGGUCCUGGUAGAAACAGCAAUUGCCCGUGAAUAUACACCACGACAUAGUAUAUACAGAAAAGUGCGUAUCCACACAUAUAUAUAUACACGUGUGUGUACGCGCGUAUUUAUUGCAGACACGUGUGUAAAGAAUAAAGAUUUAUAUAUGUAAGGUUGUGUUUUCUCCC